ACACACACACACACACACACACACACACACACACACACACACACACACACACCGGGUUUUCUAUUUAGAUUGUGAUUUCAGUCCUGCAGUGAGAGCGGCAUGGAGAAACACACACACACACCAGGUAGCGGAGAGGAGCUACACUCACCUGCUGACUUCAUCACCACACAUCGCUCAGGUGUGACCUGUGCCUCCUCUCCUCUAGCCCUCCUCACUCCAUCUCACUUCACUGUGACCUCUACUGCACCCUUGACCUCAACCUCUGUGACCCCUCUGUGCCCCACCCCCUCCCUUCCACCCCGAGGGGCAGAUCCAUGGACCCUUUUCACACACACUCGGGAGGAGGGGGGGCAGCUCCAUCAGAAGAAUCAGACACUGAACCACACACACACUCCUCUGAGAGAGGAGAUGGAGAAGAUGAGGAGGAAGGUGGAGAGACUGACCGAGGACCUCCGAGAGAGAGACAGCAUCAUCAGCAGGCAGUGUAUUGAACGAGAGGAAUUGUGUGCUGAACUUAAGAAGAGCAACUCGAAGAUGUGUGAGGGUCAUGCAGCAGAGAUUGCAGCUUUGACUCACACCAGCUCAGAACUGCAGAACACAAUCCUCACUCUAACACAGGAAGUGACAUCACUCAGACACCAGGUGGAGGAAGUGACAUCAGAGAGAGACGUGCUGCAGAAACAGCUGAGCAGUGAGAAAGCAGAGCAGGCUGAGACUCUGCACAAGUUACGCAGCUACAUCGGCACACACGCAGGAGGAGAGGAACAACACACACUCAUAGAGAGGCUGCAGAGGGAGAAAGACGGGUUGUGUUUAUCUGUUGAGCUGCUGAAUGUCCGAGUCAGAUCAGCUAAUGACAUCCUGACUCUACAGGAGAGAGAACUAGAAGAGCAGUGUGAUCCUCUCCAUAAAGACAGGUCAUUUCGGUUGUUGAGUUUAUGGAGAGAGAAGGUCUUUACACUGCUUGUACAACUACGCUCAAAAGACUCCCAACUACACACUGAGAACACACAACUACACAACAUGGUUUCUGAUCUGCAGAAGGAGGUUCAUAAACUAAGGUCACACAUCACCUUUCUAGAACACAACCUUCAGGACAAAACUGCACAACUACAGCUACACAACAUGCACACACAGGAGCUCCAGCAACAGUUGUGUAGUGUAGGUGAAGAGAAUGAGAGACUAAAAAAAGACAAAGAGAGCAGUGAGAAAUCUACUAACCACAUUACUGAUUCUGUACACAGGUUGAGUGUGUGUGCUGAGGAGUGGGAGAGUCAGGUUGGAGCUGCUCAGUGUCGUAUGAGUGCUCUAACACAGAGACUCAACUUUGCAAACACACGUCUUCACACAGUGCAUGGUUUGCUGAUGAGGAGAGAAGCUCUGCAGAAAGUACAACAGGCCACAAAACCUACAGAACCUACAUCCUCAGACCGCUGCAUUGAGAGUCUGCAGUCACAGGUGGCGCUGCUGAGCUCAGAGAGAGACACACUCACCCAGGAACUGAAACGAACACCACAACUGAUCAAUAACGCACUGAGAGACCUACAACUACAAUUGAACAGGAGCAGGGAGGAGUUGGCAGUGUGUGAGUUGCAGUGUGUGGAGGCUAAUGCACAAUGUAAGGAAAAGGAAAGGACCAUCGUGGAGCUGCGCAAUGAGGCCCAUCACACACAGACCAUUCUACAGGAGAAACUCUCUGAGGUAGAGAGUGUGUGUGCCACACAGCUCAGAGAGCUGGAGAGUCAACUAAAUACAGCAAGGAGAGAACACACUAAAGCAGUUGUAGCCUUGUGCCAGGUGGAACGUACAGCAGUGAGAGAGAGACAGCAGGAGAGAGAGGCAGAGAGCACGCUCAGAACACACACACACAAACAUCACACAACUGCAAACACAACUGAAGGAAAAAGACAGAGACCACAACAUUCUUCUGGCGGUGGUUCAGCAGCAGGGUUUGAUGAAUGAAUUUAAGAAGAUGAGAAGAGCAGCACUACACACAUCUACAGUUCUGAAAGAUAAACAACAUAAACAGCAGCAGACUGGAGAUACUGAACAGCAAGAAGGCAGGGUGUUGAGUGUUUUAAGUGAGCUACACUCUCUUAGCUCAGCACUCAUACACAGCACAGACGAGGAAGACGAGGACGAGGAACAAGACAAGAAGACCACACACUGAACACACACACACACACACACGUGGUCAGUAUUCAGUGUUGGUGUUAGAAGGGUAUUGCUGUGUUGUAGUUAUAAUGAUUCAGUAGUGUGUCUAACAGGUGGAAUGUGUUUAUGGAUCUGUUUGUUUUAUUACAAAUGUGUCAUUAAUUAAUAUGUAAACUGUGUAAUAAUAAUAAUAAUAAUAAUAUAAAAUAAAAUUGUUUUUAUUUAAACAUUA